CAUCCGGGGCUCUGGGUCUGCGCGUCCCCGUCAGCUAGCUAGCGGGCUGUCAAGCUGUCAAGUGGAGAGGCUGGGGCUAGCGUUCUGCUUCUCUCUGUUUGGCGACAACAGCUCCGGCCAAAAACUUGAUCAGAUAACCAGUUAGGCUAUACCUUAAAUUAACAGCCGAGAUAAGUAAUGCAUCCCUGGCUCACACAGAACAGGGAGUUCCGCACUUUCACACAUUACAUGCACUGCAUCUGAGAGACGUUUGCUAGCUAACUAGCAAGCUAGCUUAGCUAACCCCUCAUCUCUUCGGUCAACCCUGUUUGGUAUCUGCGACUAGUCGUUCCUCUGUACUGCCGCAAUUUCCGUUGCUGUAACCCGAUUGUUCGGAUAUUUGGUUACAAAAAGGAUAUAAUGGGGGCAUUUUUGGACAAGCCAAAGAUGGAAAAGCACAACGCUCACGGUAACGGCAACAGCCUGACCUACGGACUCAGCAGCAUGCAGGGGUGGAGGGUGGAAAUGGAGGACGCGCACACAGCCGUCGUUGGCCUUGCCAACGGUCUGGAUCUGUGGUCCUUCUUUGCUGUGUAUGACGGGCAUGCCGGCUCCCAGGUGGCCAAGUACUGCUGCGAGCACCUGCUGGAGCACAUUACCAGCAACCCAGACUUCCAGAGCGCCCUGGAUGAGAACCCCUCUGUAGAGAGUGUGAAAAGCGGCAUCCGAACCGGCUUCCUGCAGAUCGACGAGCACAUGAGGAGCAUCUCGGAGAAGAAGAACGGCGUGGACCGCAGCGGCUCGACCGCGGUGGGCGUAAUGAUAUCCCCGGGCCACGUCUACUUCAUCAACUGCGGCGACUCUCGGGGGCUCCUCAGUCGGGGGGGAGCGGUGCACUUCUUCACACAGGACCACAAGCCCAGCAACCCCCUGGAGAAGGAGCGCAUCCAGAACGCCGGUGGCUCGGUCAUGAUCCAGCGAGUGAACGGUUCCUUGGCGGUGUCCCGGGCGCUGGGAGACUUCGACUACAAGUGUGUGCACGGGAAGGGUCCGACGGAGCAGCUGGUCUCCCCGGAGCCCGAGGUGUACGCCAUAGAGCGGUGCGAGAGCGACGACGAGUUCAUUGUGCUGGCGUGCGACGGCAUCUGGGACGUCAUGGCCAACGAGGAACUUUGCGAGUUCGUCAGAUCCCGGCUAGAGGUCACAGACGACCUUGAGAGAGUCUGCAAUGAAAUAGUUGACACCUGCUUGUACAAGGGAAGUCGGGACAAUAUGAGUGUGGUUCUGAUCUGCUUCCCUGGGGCUCCGAAGGUGUCUCCGGAAGCGGUUAAAAGGGAGAUGGACCUGGAUAAAUACCUGGAGAAUAGAGUAGAAGAGAUCAUCAAGAAGCAGGGUGACGAGGGGGUCCCGGACUUGGUGCAUGUGAUGCGGACGCUGGCGUCGGAGAGCAUCCCUAACCUGCCCCCGGGAGGAGAGCUUGCCAGCAAACGAAGCGUGGUGGAAGCGAUGUACAUCAAACUGAACCCCUAUCGAAGUGAUGACACAGACAUCCUCUUCUUCAGGGGUUUCAGCUAAAACGGGGGCUUGUCAUUGGAUGCCAGCCUUGGCAUUUGCAUAUUGUCAUCACACUCAUCCCGGCUCAGUAUUGGUCACCCCCAGCUGUCAAUUUCCAUCUUCGUCCAUUCGUCUUUUAACCGUUCACCUCGACGCCAUGCCGUGUAAGAUCAAUUAAGAUGGAAUGUCUCCCGUCUGUCCAUUCUUCACCUCAUUGAAUUGAUCCUUUAUGUACAGUCAGUCCACUCACGCAGUGAUGGUGAUAAUGGUACAGGUAUCAUCACAUGUUUGCUAGUCCUAGUUUAUCUUUGUCAUGCAGUCACCACCCAGUUAAUCCAAGCGUACGUAUUGGUGCUACACAGUUGCUCUCUACAACUAUAAGUGGGUAUCUGUACCCCCUGUAUGAGAUGAAGUACAUUAUUGUAAAUGACUGAUGGUUCUAACGACCACAUCUCUGAUGCAUUCGCGGGACAUUCUGUUUGAAGAGGAGUUAAAUGGUACUGUAGGCAUGUUGCUGGAUGGCUUACACCAGCCAUCAGUGUUAUUUAGCAGCAUAAUUCAAAAAUGUUAUGAGAUACAGGACUUAGAAAAAGUCCAACUUCAGAAAGCAUUUCCCUUCAAAUCCUUUAUCUGUAGAAGUGAGAUGUCUUUUUUUCUGCUGUGUUUUUAUCCGUAGAAGAAGUGAGCUGUGUUUCUACUGAGUGUGGAGUGAAGUAAUAGAAAGUGCAUGAACUGAAAGUAUUUGGGUUCUUUAUAUUGCUGCGUUUCUGAGGGUGAAGGUUUUGGGGUCACCAAAUUGAGACACUUUACAUUACUCAGUUUGUGGUCUUACAUGGUCAUAUUUCACAAAAAAUUCUCCACUUUAGGCCUAAAAGAAAAUCUGCCUGAAUAAACAGAAUGCCAAUUUUUGUGAAUUUACAACCUUCGCGAUUUUUCCCCCGCUAUUUCCUUGUCUGCUGUCAUUCCCCGGCUACUUAGAUGUGCCCUUUACCUUGCGCUCUGACACAGUAUAUUCCUGGAUUGAAAGGACAAAGUGGCAUCAACAUCACAGAGCGGUGAAGGCUCAGACAUCUCUCUUCUGCCUGUGCUGAGCUGAAUAUCCACUGUGUGCAUCUAUGACGGACAAAGGGCUCCAUAUCCACAGGUUAUGUAUACGACAUGCUACUGUAUGCAGAUAUGGCCAUUCUGAAAAUAUUUCCAAUCGUAUCCCAUUCUGAAUGGAUUCUCGAGAAUGGAGACCUUAAAGCUUGGCCGUUCAAGGAUUGCAGCGCUCUUUUCACUACGUUUGGCUCAAUUGGAGCCACGCAUUUCCAUUUCCAUUGACAUUGACUAUUUGCAAUGCAUUUAUUAUUAUUCUGACCUUGCCACCAAGGCUUGGUUGCGAUAAUAGACCAUGGUAAACACUGGUGCUAAUCUAUGCCGCUCGCUCGGAGCCUGCCCACACAUCUCACUAUGUGUAUCAGCUUCAUCUGACGCAGCUUAGGGUUACCUCAUUGUACACCUCAAAAUGUGUCUCUUUUGUUUCUCCCACAUUUAAGUACUUUACUUUCAGCUAUGACUUCCCGAUGAAUGUAAAGGGCGAAUCUCUUUCAGUUAUUCAUUCCCAGUGAAGAGAUUCAUGGUGUUUGCUGUGCAACCUGAGUUUGUUCAACAUCUUCCCACUGGGUACCAUGAAUAAAGAAACCGUUAACAGUUGAUCCACCAGUGUAUUCUGUUUGUGUUCAAAUGAAUCCAUUCUACAAGUGUUUCCUCCACUUCCUUCCCUGGACCCUGAAGCGGAUCUGUUAUCUAGUGAAGUAGCCGCUGUAGAAGUUCUACUGGCGAUAAUACUGUAAAUCGACGUGUCAAUGUGUACUACUCUUUCUCUUUUGUAAUGUUUUCACUUGAUCUGCUCAACAUGUACCCAGUUCUGAAGCAUUCACAAAAUCCUCAUCAUCCAUCCUAAUAACACCCCUAAGAACCCCUAAUCAACCUAUCAAUGUUUACAACAUGUUGUUCAAGUAACCCAUGAUUAAAAAUAUGUUUGCGUUUUAGCAUGAUUUUAGUUGUAGGGAGUUGUAGUUUUAGUUUUAGGGACUAAUAAACUGAGGAUUAAAAAGAUCCAACCAUAAAAUCCUAACAAUAAUAUUCAAUUGUCUUCACCAGUGAAAAGGCAACAGCUGAGCAUUGUUGUUAUAUCUUAAAAGCCUUCUAUCUAGGGAAAGGACUGAGACGCCAGGCAAUAACCCCUGGCAGUAAGCAAUCUGCAAUUCUUUUGGAAAGCGUUUUAUGUUAGUGAAUUGUUUAAAUUGUUUUUCCCAGAACAUUGACGGAACUGUGUUAUUGAGGUUUCUAUGAACAGUAGGCCCGAUUCUUUUUUCUCCACCUAAUUGCCUGAGGGAAUAUCGCACACAUCUCCGACACAAACGGCAAUUUGAAAGCAAUUGAAAGUCAUUUUAGGGCCCAACAAUGGUAAAUCCACAGCUCCAAGACAAUGAGGUGUUGUUGAGCAGCCGUGUUGUUAUUAUACAGAGCAAACCAACAGGCUUGUUUGUCACCAACAACAAGCUUUGCAGUUUUAAUUAUAACAGCUAUAGUCAAUUAUACAGACAUCAGCUUCAAGCUGAAAAUGAAUACUUUUUUGGCACGAUUUCCUUUACAGUGGAGAAAGAUAAUGCAAAUUUUUUAAGGAGGAACUAUUUUAAAGAUAUUAUGAGUGGCUGGGUGCCCGGAUGUUACACGGGCAGCAAGGCCGUUUAAUAGAGCAUAAGAUAAUGUGUGUAGCAGCGGAUUAAGCAGUCUCAUCAGGCGAUGCAGAGAAAGGUUCACUUGAUAUGCUGAGGGAUUCUACACACAUCUCCCCUGGUAAGCUUUAUUCCAAGUAUAGAUUCCCAAAAAUAGCCCACCUUUGUGCUCUACACAAAAUACAAAAUAUAUAUAUAAUACAGGAUACAUCCACAGGAAUUCAAUACAGAACUAUGGGAAAGAAAAGCAUUUUCACUUUGAGUCAUUUUUCUCUGCUGCAUCCCGAGGGGUACUGAGCAGAACGCUCUUCACAGAACAGAACGCUCUGCACAGAACAGAACGCUCUGCACAGAACAGAACGCAGGGCACUGAACAGAACGCCGGGCACUGAACGGAACGCCGGGCACUGAACAGAUCACUCUGCACUGAACAGAACGCCGGGCACUGAACAGAUCACUC